GCACAGGGGUAUUCCACAUGUCACCUCCUCCAGCGGCUGGAGACAAAGGAUCAGACUGAAGGACAGACUGUGAGUAGCCUGCCUGACAUCUGCCACACCUUAUUACAGGGUAUAAAUACAGGUACAUCUCUCAGCAGCCAUCACUCACAGCAUCACAGGACCAGAGCCAGGCUGACACUUCUCUCCUCAUCACACAACAUGGACUUGCAUGCAGAAGGCGACCAAAAGACAUCUGAUGGAGCAGUAAAAGAUAAACAUGGUGGGAAACCCGACCAUAAACAUGGGGAGCACGGAUCUGGACAUAAGCAUGGCGAGCGCGGAUCUGGACAUAAACAUGGCGAUGACGGACAUAAGCAUGGGGAUGACGGACAUAAGCAUGGGGAUGACGGACAUAAGCAUGGCGAGCACGGACAUGGAGGAGGACACUGCAAAGGACACAAGAAACAAGAGGAAGGCCAUGAGGACAAGUAGAAGAAUAAGAAGUUGAACAAGGAGAAACAUCCCAAAGACAAGAGAAUAAAUAAACAACACUGAAAAAAGCAAAAAUCUGUAAAAAAAAACAAAAACACUAAUCUGAAAUAAUUUAUAUUGGUACAAGGUCACGAUUUCCUUUUGAAGGAGCAAUGUAACCCCAGAGAGAAAAAAUUUGUAGAGGGAAAUUUUCUAGCAGCCAUUUUCCUCCCAAAUCUGGAGCUAAAUGUAAUAGCCUGCAAGCUGCUGGACAAUCAUUUACAAGGCAAAACCAGGUUGGGUUUGCCUUGUGAAUGAUUGCCGCUAUAAAAAUGCGGGCAGACUCGCACAAAGUCCUGCACCUUCGGCAUUUAGCCCCUGGUUUCAUAAACGGUCGUUCAAACAAAUUGGUGAAAUCAAACAGAUCUAACCAAUUUGUCUGAACGACCAUUUUUGUCUUUUUUUCCAGUGUUUGGGAGCAAAUGGAUUUAUUGUAAUUUCCUCCCAUACAUUACCAGAUUUUUGUUCCAACCAGGGAAUUGCUUGGUUGGACAGAAAAUCUUACGGUGUUGCACAUCUUAACUUUUGUGACAGGUUUGCAUCUAUACAGUUACUGAAUGGUCACAGAUUAUAGAGUUGGAUUUGUGUGAUUAAUUCUCUCCUUGCAGUAAUGAUAUGGGCCGGUCUUGAACAACAAAAAUGCAGAAGUAGUCUCAGCAUUUGAGGACCUGAAGUGUGUUCUGUAGGGAAGAAUCGCCUUCUAAAAGCCAAUCAUAAAUCCAAAGCAAAAUGAUGUAUUUGUGCUGCGGAAAUAAACAAAAGACGAUUGUGUAUUA